AUGGAGUUAAAAGGCAAAGUUGCAUUAAUAACCGGCGCGGCUGCUGGUAUCGGACUCGCCUACAGUGAGGAAUUACUAAAACAAGGAGCUAAGGUUUCACUGUGUGAUAUUGAUUCCGAAAUCGGAGAACAGGUGGCCGACGAGUUGGGCGCGAAGUAUGGUCGGAAAAAUGUUUUGUUUUGUCAAUGUGACGUCACCGACUAUCCGCAAUAUGAGGAAGCCUUUGAAAUGACCAUUAAAGUUUUCAAUCGACUGGAUAUAGUGAUAAACAAUGCUGGAGUUAUGAAUGACAGAUUUUGGGAAUUAGAAGUCGAUGUUAAUUUGAAUGGAGUCAUCCGUGGAACUCUUCUUGCGUAUCGGUUCAUGGGUAAAGACCGCGGUGGUCAGGGAGGUACUAUUGUCAACACUGCGUCGACUGCCUUCGUCAGGCCGCAAGUAUCGACUCCUAUUUACACCGCUACCAACUACGCCGUUGUCGGUUUGACAAGAUCAUAUGGGGACCAAUAUCACGUCAACUUGACCGGUGUUCGAAGUAUAGCAUUAUGCCCGGGUCUCACAGAUACGGGCCUUGUAAAGGAGAUCCGUAAGCAGCUGAUGUCCUCUGAAUACGAAGCCGCUUGGCAGAGAGAUAAUGCUAACUGCAAGGCACAGAGUCCAGAACAUAUUGGGAGAACUCUGAUCGAAGUCUUGAUGAAGGCACAAAGCGGCUCUGUUUGGAUCGUUGAAAACGGACAACCGGCAAGAGAAUGGCGUGGUUAAAUAUAAAUACAUUCAAAUGAAUGUUUUGUUUAUUAGUGCCACAUGCAUUAUUUGUUUUAUACAUAGCAGACAAGCUAUUGCAGUUAAAGAAAAUUUAGACAAUAAUUAAGACAUUAGUCAAAAUAUUUUUUUGGGAAUGUCUCAUCAAAGUAGUGUUCAUGGACAUCUUAGUAAUGUUACUUAUUUACAAUAUUUAUUUCAUUUAUAAUAAUUGUUUUAAAUGUUUUACUCGUGCA